AUGGGUCCUGUUUAUCGUAUUCCACCUUAUUAUUAUAUUCACGUAUUAGAUCAGAAUACAAGUGUAACGCGAUUGGAAAUUGGUCCACAAAAGUUUUUUAAACAAGAUAAUGAGACAAUAGUUUUUGGGCCCGAUAAAAUGAUUACUCUACCACCAAGACAUUAUUGUGUUAUUGAAAAUCCCGUUGUUAAGAAUGAAGAUGAUCAAGCACAAUUCGACAAAAAUGGUCAGGCAAAAUUGUUGCAUGGUAGCCAAGAUGUUAGACUGGAAAAUGAUUAUAAAGAACCAUUUCCAUUGUAUCCUGGUGAAGUAUUAAAACAGGCUGCCACACUUUUAAAAUAUGUUGCAGCUAAUUCAGGAUUAAGAUUAAAAGCCGUUUUGGAUUUUGACGAUAACGGGGAACAGCGAAAAGCUGGAGAUGAAUGGCUAUUCGAAGGACCAGGCACUUAUAUACCACGCAAAGAAGUAUCCGUUGAAGAGCAUAUUGCAGCUACCGUGAUUGGUCCAAAUCAAGCACUAAGAUUAAGUGCUAAAAAAGAACUUAUCGAUCGUAUGGGUCAACGCCGUGUGGCGGGUGAAAAUUGGUUAAUAAAACAAUUAGGUGCUUAUUUACCAUUGGCUUAUGAAACGGUUGUGAGCAUUGAAAAUGCCUGUGUUGUAACAGAUAAAAAAGCAUUACAUUUGCGUGCACUGAAAACAUUCAUAGAUGAUUUUGGCCAAACAAGAAACAAUGGUGACGAAUGGCUCGUCACAAAAGAACAAACAGAAACACAUAUUUUGAAUGUUUAUGAACAACUUGUGACAAUUGUUGAUAUAACAACAUUCAAUUCAAGACAAUAUUGUGUCAUCUUAAAUCCAGUUUCAUCUGAUGGUAAAAAUCAAUGGGGCAAGAAGAAAUUAGUCGUUGGUGACAAAUCAUUUUUCUUGCAACCUAACGAACAAUUAGAGAAAGGAAUUCAAGAUGUGUACGUGUUGAGUGAAGACGAAGGUAUCAUAGUAAAAUGUAUCGAAUCGUUUGGUGAUGAAAUAGACAAUGUGACUCGGGUGCCAGGUGACAAAUGGGUGAUAAGAGGACCAAGAGAAUACAUACCACCGGUUCAAGUUGAAGUGUUACAAAAAAGAAAAGCGAUACCUUUGGAUGAAAAUGAAGGUAUCUAUGUUCGAGACUUGAAAACUGGCCGUGUUCGUGCGAUUGUUGGUAAUACAUACAUGUUAACACAAGAUGAAGAACUGUGGGAAAAAGAAUUACCACUAAGCAUAGAAGAAUUUCUUCAGCGAGAUUCCUUAGUUGAAAGACGUGCCAAAACAACAGUAACAUCAUCGUUGCAAACGACAAAACGUGACAAAUCCAGAUUAGUUACAUAUCGAGUACCCCAAAAUCAAGCCGUCCAAAUUCAAUGUCCAUCUAAUUUCUUAAUAGAACCAUGUUUAUGUAUCGAGAAUAAUUCAUCAAAUAAUCAGACAGUACUCUAUUCAACUUUAACAGAAACGAUUCCAAUUCGUCAAAAAUCAAUUAUAUGUGAACAUAUUAAUAAUUCAUUCUUGGAUUUACGUUCUAUUUUUAUUAAACUUAGUAUUGUCUUAACAACAAAUAAUCAAUCGAAUAAUCUUACGAAUUUUAAUGAUUUUCUUUUACAUAAUACACAAAUUAAUCAUUUAUCAGAAAAUGUUUUUGGAAAUAUUACUUUUUCAAAUAUUUUAUUAUAUCAUAAUCAAUUAUUAAAGUCAAUUGAUGUAAAUGCAUUUAAUAAUACACAAAAUUAUGUUGAAGUAUUUAGAACUUUAAAUACAAGUUUAUCAGACAGUGAUAAAUUAUUUAUAGUAAUAAGAAAAUUUCAUAAUUUAAAAUUUUUCAGUAUGGAAAAUGAUGAACUACAAUCCAUUCCCGAUUGUGCAUUCAAUCAUACUGAACUUCGAUAUAUAUGGUUAGGUGUUGAUUUUCGACAAACAUUACAACCACUUAAGCACAUUGGUAAAUAUCCAUUUUAUAAUGUACCAAAUUUAAUAUCAUUACGAAUUUUUUCAUCUUUACUAACAAAAAUUGGUAAAUAUCCAUUGGCUAUAUAUAGUAGACGGUCAACAUCAAUUGUUGAUGAUUUGAAUCAUAUGUUAUAUAUUGAUAUUGGUGGUUCAAUGUUAAAUGCUUCUAGUUUCGAACCAACAUCACUUACUCGUUUUAGUAAUCGACCAGUUUUUUUACGUCUUUACAAUACAAGUAUUGAUUAUUUGGAUGAAACAAUAUUUCAACAUUUUCUUGAAACACAUCCAUCAUCAUUAUUAGGUGUUCAAGAUUCGAAUAUUAGUCGAACAUGUGACUAUAGAUCGUUAUGGAUUAAAGAUGAAUAUUGUACAAAUAUCAAUUGGCGUGAAAAUCGAGUAUAUGGAACUCCAUGUUGUUCAUUGUAA